AUGAUGCACGUUGUGCUGCUCUGCUGUGUCUUGCUGUCGCCAGUGGCUGCCUUUCCAAGAAAUGUUCAGAAUGAUGCCUUGACCUUCCAGCCAUCUUCCCCAGAUCCUAGGACUCAACCAAACAUGUUGUCCAGCCAGGUUCCUCUCCUAGAUGCCAAGAUCUGCCAGGAUCUCUUGUAUAAAGCCCUUUCUCUAGGCCCUCUGCCUGAGUAUCUGUCCAACGUAGCUCUGAGUGUGGCCAUGGGGGAGGUUGGCUGCCCAACUGAGGCCCACCUUCUGCAGCUUCAGGAAUUUAGCAUGGAAGGAAAGGAUACCAUUGAAACCCUCAUCCAUGAGAUUCAAAAGCUCAGUGAAGAGGAAGGGAUUGACAACGCUGAGCUCCUUCUGAAACAUCUGCAGGGAUCACUAGGGGAGCUUAGGCGGGACCAGCGCUCAGCUGACCUUCCUGAGGCAUGUACCCAUGAACAUGGGAGAAUACUUUAUGAUACGGCAGUGCUGGUGGUUGAAGUUGCUGAGAAACUCCCUGCCACAGAACUGAUAACAGAGUUAAAAACUUCUGCUAUCAAUUUCACCCAGAGUUGCACGGAUGAGGCUUGGAAGCAUAUGGAAGCAGUAGGCAAUCGACUGAUGAAAAGCCCUGAAAUUAAGAACUUUGCAAUAUUUAUAAAAGAUAAAGUAUACUUUUUCGUACGUUCUAUAGUCCUUCUGAAGCGUGCUUUGAUGGAGAUGGUACAGAAUGUUUUCCAGACUUACUUUACAUAA